AUUCAGCGCAUUCAGCGGUGGGUGCACUGCUACUCGCCACACUGGUGAGCUCCGGUGGUGCUUCAAUCAUUGUCUACCCCCCCCGUCUACUUCUCUCUAUCCCUCCCUGCCCGCAGUUCAACUGGAAGAGUCAGCGCAUUCAGCGGUGGGUGCACUACUAG